AUGCCACGAAAAAAUUCUAAAAAAGUCUCUUUUGAGGAUGUUUUUGAAAGCAUCUUGAGCGGAAAUGAUUCUGAAGUAGAAAACUUAAGCUCUAAUGAAGAGGUUGAUGAUAGUGAUGGUGACAGUAGUAAUGAUGACAAUAGUGAUGAUAACAAUACCGACAAUGUCGAAAGUGGGGAAAAUGGUGACGGUGCAGAUCCAGCAACCCAACUGAAACAAAAGAAAUCAUUUCGAUGGAGAAAGAAAGAUAUGCCACAAUCUGAUGGCAGUUUUGAUUUAAAAGAAGAUGAUAUUGAAGAGCCCAAGUCACCGCUGGAAUAUUUCAGACAGUUUUGGCCUGAUGAGAUAAACAACUUAAUUGUAGAACAGACCAACUUGUACAGCACCCAGAAAACUGAUACUUCAAUUAAUACCAACAAGAAGGAGACCGAACAACUUAUUAGAAUGCACUUGAAGAUGUGUAUCAUACAACUUCCAUCUUACAAGUUGUACUGGUCACAGAAGAUGAGAUACCCAGCAAUUGCCGAUCAAAUGCCAUUGAAAAGGUACGAAAAGCUGUGUUCACAUCUCCACUUUGUCGACAACAGUGACAUGAAAGAAAACGCAUCGAAGCUGGCAGUGGCGUAACGUUAUAUCAGGGGGCCCCCGGUUCAAAAUUUUCGAAGCCCCCCCCCCUAGUAAAAGUGCCAAAGGCAAGAGUCGAGCGCCAUAUAUACACGAGUUUUCUAGGGGUCCAGGGUAUGCUCAUCCGGAAAAUUUUUGAAUCUAGACUCUCUGAAAUGCCAUUUCCUGGACUUUGGGGAGAGAUUUUACAGAAUUCUGAUGGUCAGAAAACGACAUUGUGACAUAUCAAAGGCCCUUGCCAAUGUUUUUGCUCUACAUCCUUAGUCUGGGGGCCCCCACUUGGCCCAUUAGGGUUGGGGGCCCCCGGGUUCGCCCGGUCCGAGCCCAUAGUCGUUACGCCACUGGAAGCUGGCAAAGAUACAGCCAGUUAUUGACAUCGUCCGGGAGCAAUGUCUGAAGGUUAGUCCAGAAGAAAGCCUUCCGUAGACGAACAAAUUAUACCUGCCAGGACAAAGGUCAGCAGUAUGCGGCAAUAUAACCCCAAAAGCCAGUGAAGUGGGGGUUCAAAAAUCUGGUACGUGCCGGUGCUUCUGGUUUCAUGUAUGACUUUUACAUUUAUGUCGGUAAGGAUGAAGACAUGGACAAUGUCGACUUCAAGGACUUGCAGAAAUCUGCCCAAGUUGUUGCGCGACUUUGUCAACAUUUGCCAUCCCACAGUGGUCAUCAAUUGUUCUUUGCAACUGGUUUACAACAUUGGACUUGCUAAUGUAGUGUACCUAAAGAAUAAAGGUAUACUAGCAUGUGGUACAGUGCGCGACAACCGCCUUCAAGGAUGUCCAUUGCAACCCAACAAGGACUUAAAUAAAGCAGGACGUGGCGCCAUGGACUUCAAGUCUGAUACCGAGUCGGGAAUAAUUGUAGUAAAAUGGUUAGACAACAACAUUGUCCACAUUGUCUUCAAUUAUAUCGGUGUGGAGCCAUUGGGUUCAGUACAGAGAUGGUCCCCAAAAGACAGGAAAAGAAUGAGCAUCCAGUGCCCACAGCUGAUCUUGCGCUACAAUAAAGGGAUGGGAGGUGUUGAUAAGCUGACAUGCUCAUCUCAUUGUACAGAAUCAAUUUCAAGACCAGAAGGUGGUACAUCAAAGUCGUUUGGCACUUUGUCGACAUAG